AUGGCCCGUUUGGAUCGUGAACAGCACAAAGCAAAAUAUCCUGGAUGGUCGGCGCGCGAGAACUACGCCGUCCACAAGCGUAAGAAGAAGCGACGCGAUAAGAGUGAAGAUGUGACCGACAUGAAGAAAUGUCGUGCCCGUUUCGGAAUUGCGAACACCGAUCAAUGGUGCAAAUUUUGUAAACGAAAGAAGAAGUGCAUGUAUUCGACAUAUGAUCCAACCGAUACAAUGUCAGAGGAGCAUGGUGAUCGAAAUAGGGCUAUUAAUAAGCAAGGAGCAUCUGUAUCAGACCUACCUAUUAUUUCAGCAUCCUCAGGACCAUCACCGCUGACGUCAUCAUUAGGUCCAUCACCACUUGGUAACGUCGUUGACCACGAUGCAUCCGAUUCCGAAUCGGAAGUCGACGAAGAAGAUCGCACGUUGGUUGAUAUGGACAUCCAGGAAGCGGCUAUGCAACAGCAAGCCAUCACACGGGAUAACGAAUUAGCGGCUUUCUAA